GCGGCCGAAGCUGCACACAUACCAUCACAACAAACUCACUGCAGCAACGCUCGCAGUUUUUCUGUGCCAAAUAUAUGGUGAUCUACUCAAUGUUUGAUCUUCAGUUGUCAUGUAACGCCGCAGAGGAAUAAUCAGUCAUGCACUGAAACCUUUACCACAUGGAUGAUAAUAUUACUAUAAUAUAGCCAAGAGGCACGCGCAGACAUCCACACAGAGAAACAGAAGAGCAUCAUGGGAGAUUUGCCCAGCAAACGCCGAAGGCCAUCCAGCACGUCCAGCACAGAGGACCAAGCCAGCUAUGGCGGACAGGAAAAUACAACAGGUGGUCAAACUGGCUUUUCUGUGGCCCUAUAUAAUUUUCCUCAUGACGGUCCUGCAGCGAACACUAUCUGUAUGGGUGACAGACUAACCAUUAUAUCAGAUGUGGGCGAUAUGUGGAAGGUGAAAGUGGCAUCAACGGGCAAAGACAGCUACAUCCCCAAAACAUAUGUCGCCAAAGUAGUGAACAAAUGGCAGUAUGAAGGCAUCAGCCGAGCUAAGGCAGAAGAGCUUCUACUCAGACCUCAGAACCAGUCGGGUUCCUUUAUGAUCCGGCACAGUCAGACUGCUAAAGGCACUUAUUCACUGUCUGUGGUGCAAGGGCGAGGCUCAGUUCUUGCAGUCAGGCACUACCGGAUCCAUCGCUUACUCAACGGCUGGUUCUACGUAUUUACCACUCACACCUUUCCCUCCCUCACCCGACUGGUUGACCACUACUCUGAUUCCGUAGACGGAUUAUGCUGCUUGCUGACAAAGCCUUGCCACAUACAAGACCCCCCAACCUCCACAGUGCCCGUACCGGCCCCUGUGUUUGUCAGAAAACCCACCUUUAACUGGAAGAGAGUGAAAAGAUCCAUGAUAUUUCCCAAAGAGGAGGAAGAGGAGGGGAACUCUGAAGAAAGCCCUUUUAGCGAAGGACUUCGAGAGGCCAUGAACUCCUAUCUCUUCAUGUCUCAGGAAGAGCCACUGGACAGCGAGGACUGUGACACAGCAAACGUCAGUCAUUAGGAGUUACCUUUUGACAGACUGAUAAACGUUCACUGGACAUGUUCUUUCACGGUUGUGAUAGAUUUACCGUAUACAAAGUGACAUCUUACAUUCUGAAGGCAUAUUCUUUUUUUCUUUAUAUACAUGUAUAUUAUACAGUGUAUAUAUAUGAAAUAUUCUUCACCACAGUAAAUCCUUUACUGUGUAAUGGGCACAUUACAGUGCAAUAUAUGCAGUUCAUCUUUGGCAUUCCUUGCACAUUUUGAAGAACCCGCUAUCCUUAUGGAUUCUUGGAUACUCCUGGAUUCUUCUUGUAAUAGCAAAGGGAUUAUAGCCCAAUGAACAAUUUCUGGACAACAGUUUGGACAUUUUUAUUUUCUACUGAAGAGUGCCUCCAACAGAUGUACAGUAGAUCUACAACAGAAGGAUCCAGUGGAACAAGCCUUUUUGACUGUAAUACAAGUAGGCUACAGUAAAAAGCAAUUGAUUAGAAGUUGGAAGUUCCUUAUUGUUCAAGGAAUGAAAAACCUGCGUGUACAUAAUCACAAAGAGCCUUACAGCAGUUUUACAUAAUGACAGUCUAAUCAGCAUGUCCUGAUUAGACGGUCCUAUUAUACCAUUUUAGGCCUACUUGUUCUGUCCUGUGUUCCUGUAUUUUGUUGUGUGUCCGUAGGAUUCCAAAAGGGUGUUCCAAAAGAAUGUAGCCUUCAUGUUCACUCAUGAUGAUGAUGAACAACAAAUGUAGGCUUGGCCUGAAACUUCCAGAUCUGGCCACUGGUUAUAUUUAUUAUAUCUUAAUUUUAAAUGUUUUGUUGGGAUUUCCUGAUGUGUUCUUUUCAAUAUUCACAACUCAGUAGGCUACUUUUACUGCACUUCCCGUUUUAGCGCCUCCUGGUGGUUCUGAAAGCCUAAAGAUUGUGGUGUUCAUUUGAGAGAUGGCGCCAUUUUUUAAUGAAUCAGACGGCAAAUGAUGAACGCACCGAGUGACAGACACACUUGCAGGCGUUACGGACAAGUCCUAGUUGCACUAUAGUAGGUCUAUAUUAGAUACCGUUGGGUGCAAAAGUCUGCAUCCUCUUACUCUGAAAUGACAAGAGGUCCGAAAUAAAGAAAUGUAUUGUCAUCAACACAAUAUUUUAUGCACGGUCUGCAUCCUACAUCAAUAAAAGUAAAAAGAAUGGCUAAAGUGUGAGAAAAUUAUAUCAGAAACGUUUGCAUCCCCCUCCUUAAUGAAAUGUGUUGUGUAAUACCUUCUAUUUCCUGUGUCUUUUUCAUCUUCUCCAAUAGGCUACAUGUGUGUACCUCCACAGCUUUUGUAUAGUCUCAAAUUUGAGCCCAUUCUUCUUGGCAUUCAAAUCUAGAGUUCACAUUACAGUAAUGUAUGGUCUGUGGACGUUUAAUAAUCAAGUAGGCUAUGGAGAAGCCCAAGGCAAAACUUUCAUCACAGUUAGUAGAGGACAUUGUGCACAUUCCAGGUGCAUACAGAAAUGUCCAUA